AGGACCAGGAAUACACUCUAGUUCCCCGAGCUCUAGAAAAAACACCUACAACUCCUUCAAUGUUAAAACACCACAAUUAAACCCGGAUAGGACAAAAAAAAAACAGAAGACAAAAGCCGUAUUCGUAAUUUUACGCACCAAUCGUGUAGAAACCAAUAACGGAAUACAAGGGGACAGACAGAUUCAGGGAAUACUUCAAUACUGUUAUGAAGCGAGAAUGAGUAGCGCAGAAGACAGCGGGAGCAAGUGCUCGUCGGGCCCGAUUUCCAGCUUUACCAUCCAGUCUAUUUUGGGCACACCAUCCGAUGCGCCGCGCUCCGGGAACAAGGAGCUCUCCAAGGGGCCACCGGCGCCGCUGCCGCCGCCGCCGCGGAGGCGCUCACUGUCGGUGUCUUCCGAGGAGGACUGCAGCGGCGGGGAGGACUCAGCAGACUGCUUCUGCUCCGACACAGGUCACAGCGAGCCAUGCAACCGGCACCAAGCCCAUAACUUCUGUUUAGGUCCCGCUAAAGGACUUCUAUCUGGGAGUGACGGGCUCGCGCGGCGGCCGCACCUGCCACAGCCUAUGCUGCAGGAUUAUAAGGAGGAGCAGGAGAGACCGUGCCAUCAAAUGUCACCUCUGUCUGAGGAUCGACAGACAGACGGUGCGGACAAGCAGGGCAACUCAACCAAGAAGAAGACGCGCACGGUUUUCUCCCGGAGUCAGGUGUACCAGCUGGAGUCCACCUUCGACAUGAAGCGGUACCUGAGCAGCUCGGAGCGGGCCUGCUUAGCCUCCAGCCUGCAGCUGACGGAGACUCAGGUCAAGACGUGGUUUCAGAACAGGAGAAACAAAUGGAAACGGCAGCUAUCAGCUGAACUGGAGGCGGCCAACAUGGCCCACGCCUCCGCACAGACACUAGUGGGGAUGCCGCUGGUUUUCAGAGAUAACUCCUUACUGCGUGUUCCGGUUCCCCGGUCUAUCGCCUUUCCAACGCCCCUUUAUUACCCGGGGAGCAACCUGCCAGCGUUACCUUUAUACAACCUGUAUAACAAGAUUGAGUACUGAUUGACUCUGCUGUAUUUCCACGUAAAAACGCAUUACAAAACAAUGCAGCAUUCUUACAAGUGUCUCCACAUAACCCCUGUAUAUUAAUUGUAUCAUUUUAUUUGUUGAAGACAUUUUUAUUAUGCAGCAACUGUACGUCUCACAAGAAAGCAAUCAAGCUUCCCUAAAUGUAUAAAAUACACCAUGUGUAUAAUUAAUACCAAUCAUUUUUGUACUUUUAUUUUCCGUCUCCUCUAACUGACAACAUAGUGAAGUAUAACAUUCAUAUCUCAUUCAAGAAAAAAAAUGGAUUCCGCAAAAUAUGUGUUAACACAGUUUUUAGUUCAUAAUUGGUUUUUCACACAUACUGCAAAGCAUCAGUCAUUGUAUUUCACCUGUCAGGAAAAAACUAUUAUUCCAUUUAAGGAAAAACAUCAUUGUUUCUAUUGUAAUUUAGACCUUCAAUAAUAGCCUUCUCAUUCAAUAAAUUUUCUAUUUCAGUGAA